AUUAAACUGUUGAGUGAAGAGCUGACUCCAAACUUUCUGGAAGGAAAUUUGAGGAAUCAUGAGCUCUGUGAGAGGCUUCUUCCGUGGAGCCUGGUCAUCUCCAGUGAGGCUGGAUGGGAAAACAGUGAUAAUCACUGGUGCUAAUACAGGAAUAGGCAAAGAAACAGCACGGGACCUGGCCAAAAGAGGAGCUCGUGUUAUCUUGGCCUGUAGAGAUUUGGAGAAAGCAGAAGCAGCUCGAAAGGAACUGGUGGAGGAUUCUGGAAAUCCAGAUAUUGUAGUGAAGAAGUUGGAUUUGUCAGACACCAAAUCAGUCAAAGAGUUUGCAGAGGUUAUAAACACAGAAGAGAAACAACUUAACAUCCUCAUCAACAAUGCCGGCAUCAUGAUGUGCCCGUACUCGAAGACGGCAGAUGGCUUUGAGACGCAGUUUGGGGUCAAUCACUUGGGUCACUUCCUACUCACCUACUUGUUGCUGGACUUAAUAAAGAGGUCUGCCCCGGCCAGGAUUGUAAACGUGGCCUCGGUGGCCCACACGUGGGGCAGCAUCUGUCUGGACGAUAUCAACAGUGAGAAGAUUUACUCUCCCAGGAGGGCGUAUGGACAGAGCAAACUGGCCAACAUCCUCUCCACACGCUCCCUGGCCAAAAGACUGCAGGGCACUGGUGUAACAGUGUACUCACUACACCCUGGUGUGGUGCAGUCAGAGCUGUGGAGAAACCUCAGUAAGCCCAUACAGAUCGCAGUGAAGAUCUUCAGCCCCUUCACCAAAACUAGUGCAGGGGCUCAAACGUCCAUCUACUGCGCUGUGGAGCCACAGCUGGAGGGAGAGAGUGGGGGAUACUACAGUGGCUGUGCACCAGCGAGAUGUUCCAGAGAAGCCUCUGAUGAUGAAACAGCUCAGAAGCUGUGGGAGCUCAGCUGUCAGAUGCUUGGCAUUAACUGGGACUGAUAGGUUGAAUUUAAGAAAACGUUUAGUACACAAUGUUUGAAGCGUACAGUGGGCAAUUUGAGUGCAUGUAAGAGAAAUAAAUUGU